AAAAUCAUUCAUACUGGAGUGAAGCAGUUUAAAUGUGACAUUUGUUCUCAAACAUUUGCACAUAGAUCUAGCUUAAAAAGACACAAUCGAAUUCAUACUGGGGAAAAGCCAUUUAAAUGUAACAUUUGUUCUAAAACAUUUGCAGACAGAACCAGCUUAGUAAAACAUAAUCUAAUUCAUACUGGAGAAAAGAAGUUUAAAUGUGACACUUGUCAUAAAACAUUUGCGAGGAAAUCUCACUUAGUAAGUCACAAUCUCAUCCACUCUGGUGAAAAGAAGUUUAAAUGUGACAUAUGUUAUAAAACAUUUGCAUUGAAAUCUAACUUAUUAAGGCACAAUCUCAUCCAUACUGGAGAAAAACAGAUUAAAUGUGACAUUUGUUCUCAAACAUUUGCAAGGAAGUCAGACAUACCAAUUCACAAUCUCAUCCAUACUGGAGAAAAGAAUUUUAAAUGUGACAUUUGUUUUAAGACAUUUGCACAGAAACCUCACUUAGUAAGUCACAAUCUCAUCCAUACUGGAGAAAAACAAUUUAAAUGUGACAUUUGUUCUAAAACGUUUACAUGGAAAUCUGCCUUAGUGAGUCACAAUCUCAUCCAUACUGGAGAAAAAAAAUUAAAAUGCGACAUUUGUUCUAAAGCAUUUGCACAUACAUGUAAAUCACAAUUAGCAUGUCAUAAUGUUAUUCAUACUGGAGAAAAGAAAUUUAAAUGUGACAUAUGUUCUAAAGCAUUUGCAUAUAAAUCUAAUUUAGUAUCUCAUUCACACUGGAAAAAAGCAGUUUAAAUGUGACAUUUGUUUUAAAGAAUUUGCACGGAAAGAUACAUUGGUAACACACAAAUUCAUUCAUACUGGAGGAAAGAACUUUAAAUGUGACAUUUGUUCUAAGACAUUUGUACAGAAAUCUCACUUAGUUAGUCACAACCUUAUCC